AUGGGCUUCUGGAUCGACCGGGGGGAGCGGCUUCUUACUGUCCAGAUAUCUAUUGUUGGCCAACGCCUUGCCGUUACUGCAAGUUGUGGUAUAUUCUGGGCUUUGCGGCUGCAACAACGGGGAGAGGUCAACGGCUACUUGAAAACCGGCCUUUUCGUGGCCACUGUUGUCCUAGCAUGCGUGGAGAAAUUGUGCUCGGUGGUGAACCUCGUGUCUAUAGAGCGAGACUGGAUUGUUGUCAUUACUGAAGGCAAUGAAUCCAUUCGCCGAGUGAUGAAUGCUACAAUGCGUAGAAUCGACCUUAUCUGCAAGCUUCUGGGACCGUUGACCAUCUCUUUGGUAGCUAUGGCGUCAACACUGGUAGCGAUUCAAGUCACCUUGGCCAUGAGCGUGAUCUCUGUUCUGGUUGAAUAUCUGUGUAUUGCUCAGGUGUAUAAAAGGUUCCCAUCUUUGCGGCGAAAUGCGCCUCAAAUGGAAAGCGUCGAUUAUGCUAGUGACCACCCUGUCCAUACUACAACAACCACCAUUUUCGAUCUAUUGAAAUCUGGACUCUCUGGCAUCUUCCCCAAGUCGUCCCUUCGUUUCUAUUUCCAACAUUCAGCGUUUGUACCGUCGUUUGCAUUGUCACUCCUUUACCUGACGGUUUUGUCCUUGUCUGGGCAGAUGAUCACAUAUCUUGUUUCUGUUGGUUACAGCACUCUGCACGUCGGUAUUGCACGAACGGUCAGUACUGCUCUUGAACUCAGUGCGACGUGGAUAGCACCCCGGGUAAUGAACCGGAUUGGCAUCGUUCGCGGGGGCAUCUGGAGUCUUUGCUGGCAGAUGGGGUGGCUCGCUGCCGGCGUCGGCUGGUUUCUUGCGGACAUUAACAAAGAACACAGAGAUGUUUUCGUUUCAGCGACUGGUCUUGUUGUAGGGGUUGCUUUGAGUAGAAUUGGCCUGUGGGGUUACGAUUUGUGUGCGCAGAAUCUUAUACAAGAUGAAGUCGAUGAUGCCCAUCGCGGCGAAUUUUCCACGACCGAAACUGCCUUUCAGAAUUUCUUUGAACUGCUCUCAUAUGCGUCGACUAUUGUCUUCUCAAAACCGUCGCAAUUCCAGUGGCCAGUGCUUAUCAGCACUGCUGCAGUUUACCUCGCAGGUGGACUUUAUGCGUACUUUGUGCGCCAGAGACGAGGCCAUUUGUUCCAUCCACCGGUCUGCGUGGCGCAGAAGAGAGUGCUUAGAGGGCCCGGUCGCACGACUGUGCGCCGAGAUGAAACACACUGUGCAUAA